GUGGCUGCGAGCUCGCGCCGCCGAGAAGAUGUCUGCGACGCCGCCGCUCUUCAGUCUGCCCGAAGCGCGAGCGCGGUUUGCGAAAUCUACCAGAGAGGCCUUGAAUAACAAAAAUAUCAAGCCGUUGGCAAGUACUUUCAACCAGUUACCUGGCAGUGAAAAUGAAAAAAAAUGUACCCUGGACCAAGCUUUCAGAGGUAUUCUAGAAGAAGAAAUUAUCAGUCAUUCAUCAUGUGAAAACGUUUUAGCUAUUAUUUCUCUUGCUAUUGGAGGAGUAACUGGAGGUAUUUGUACUGCAUCUACACCUUUUGUGUUAUUGGGAGAUGUUUUGGAUUGUCUUCCGCUGGAUCAGUGUGACACAAUAUUCACUUUUGUGGAAAAAAAUGUUGCUACUUGGAAAUCAAGUACAUUCUAUUCUGCUGGGAAAAAUUAUUUACUACGUAUGUGCAAUGAUCUCCUAAGAAGAUUAUCUAAAUCCCAGAAUACAGUCUUCUGUGGACGAAUUCAGCUCUUUUUGGCCAGGCUUUUUCCUUUGUCUGAGAAAUCAGGUCUGAACUUACAGAGUCAGUUUAAUCUGGAAAAUGUCACCGUUUUCAAUACCAAUGAGCAAGAAAGCACCUUGGGUCAGAAGCACACUGAGGAUAGAGAAGAAGGAAUGGACGUAGAAGAGGGUGAAAUGGGAGAUGAUGAAGCGCCAACAACUUGGGACGUGGGCAUCCUCACGUCUGCAGAGGCCCUCAGAUACCCUGCGGGUGCCCUGGGACGUGCAUUCCUUUUUUAUUCUGAAGAAGUUUUAGCUGUUUUUAAGAGUUAUAAAUUAGAUGACACUCAGGCCUCCAGGAAAAAGAUGGAAGAAUUGAAAACAGGAGGAGAACAUGUGUAUUUUGCAAAAUUUUUAACAAGUGAAAAGUUGAUGGAUUUGCAGCUGAGCGACAGUAACUUCCGCCGACACAUCCUGUUGCAGUAUCUCAUUUUAUUCCAGUAUCUCAAAGGGCAGGUCAAAUUCAAAAGUUCAAACUAUGUUUUAACUGAUGAACAGUCACUCUGGAUUGAAGAUACUACAAAGUCAGUCUAUCAACUACUAUCUGAAAACCCCCCCGAUGGAGAAAGAUUUUCAAAGAUGGUAGAGCAUAUAUUAAACACUGAAGAAAACUGGAACUCUUGGAAAAAUGAAGGCUGUCCAAGCUUUGUGAAAGAAAGAACAUCAGAUUCAAAGCCCACAAGGGUGGUACGAAAAAGAACAGCCCCAGAAGACUUCCUGGGGAAAGGACCCAAUAAGAAAAUUCUGAUGGGAAAUGAGGAGUUAACAAGGCUUUGGAAUCUGUGCCCUGAUAAUAUGGAAGCAUGUAAAUCAGAGACAAGGGAAUACAUGCCAACUUUGGAGGAGUUCUUUGAAGAAGCCAUUGAACAAGCAGACCCUGAAAACAUGGUUGAAAGUGAAUAUAAAGCUGUGAACAAUUCAAAUUAUGGCUGGAGAGCCCUGAGACUGUUAGCAAGGAGAAGCCCGCAUUUCUUCCAGCCAACUAACCAACAGUUUAAAAGCUUGCCAGAGUAUCUUGAAAACAUGGUAAUAAAGUUAGCCAAGGAACUACCACCUCCUUCUGAAGAAAUAAAAACAGGUGAGGAUGAAGAUGAGGAAGAUAAUGAUGCUUUACUGAAGGAAAAUGAAAGUCCUGAUGUUCGGCGGGAUAAACCUGUGACAGGAGAACAACUUGAAAUAUUUGCCAACAAGUUGGGUGAACACUGGAAGAUUCUGGCUCCUCACUUGGAAAUGAAAGACUCAGAAAUCCGGCAGAUCGAAUGUGAUAGCGAAGACAUGCGGAUGAGAGCGAGGCAGCUCCUGGUGGCCUGGCAGGACCAAGAGGGCAUCCACGCAACCCCUGACAACCUCAUCAGUGCACUCAACAAAUCUGGGUUAAGUGACCUUGCAGAGAGUCUAACUAAUGACAAUGAGACCAAUAGUUAACUUACAUCUUUUUUCUUUUUUAUUAAAACUGUGAUAAGAUUUUGUUACCAAGCAGCAUUUGAUAAGAGGUCCACUGGUUUUGGUAAACAAUAAACAUUUUUAUAACAGUUGUACAGUUGGCUGGUGCUCCAAGAACAAUCAACACAAUGGCUCAAAACCUCAAAUGGGGUGAGGGAAUGGGAGGGCAGAUGGCCAAAGUGAAGUGACCUCAAGAUCACAAACUAGUUUUGUAAGUACUCUCACUGUGAAGUAAGCACUGUUUAGGGAUAUGUUGUAUUCCUAUGCCAAACCCACUUCUGAAUGCUGUUAGUAGCUAUAAAAUUUUCUAACGUCCCAGAGUGACACUGAAACCUCACAGCAGUUCUCGUGUUAAAGUGGAGAAUCAGCAAACCACUGCAUUCAUCUGCUUUUUAGAUUGGGUCUCACUAUAGUUCAGAGUGACCUUGAACUCAGCAGUCCUCCUGCUUCACCCUCCUCUGAGUGCUGGGAUUACAGGCAGGCACCACCAGGCCCAGCUCCCUUGUGCUUUUGUAACGUUACUGGCACCAUGCAUGCUCAUUCCCCAGGUCCACAGCACUGCUGCAGUACCACAGCAGGAUGGACGUAGCAGGCGGCCUGGGAGCUGCCAAGACUAAAAUAUUUACUGUCCAGCCCAUUACCAAAAAAAAUACCUGCUAAGUAGUAGCCAGCUUUAAUAAAGUCUGUUUUAGCCUUAUAAAAAUCACAUGACCUCUCAAACCCCUAACUUCUGGGAUUACUGUGAAGUUCUAAUGUCACGUGAAAGGUCCCAGGGAGCAGCAGACCACUCUUCUAGGCUGAGAUGGCCCCUCUGCCCUCCCGCCCCCACACCCACGCUGCCCACCCAGGCAGGGCCUUGCCCAGCCCAAAUGUUGCAAGGGUCUCUGUCAGUGACAGCAAAUAAGGCACAUGAGAACCGAGACUUCUUGGCCUACUCCCUUCUCAGACCUUACAUGAAGGCUGAAUUCUAAAGUAGCCCUAUUAGUUAAAAACACUGGUAAUAAGCCCAAUUUUUAUUUUAGUAUCUUUGGAAUAAUACUUAAGAUCAAGUGAAAUGAAAUCAAGCUUUUUAAUGACAAAAACUAAUUACUAGAAAUUCUAAUACAUUGUACACAAGGCUUUUACCUAGUUUGUUCCUAACCUACCUCACCUGCUUUAGUAGCUUCAGCAUUCAGCAGAUCAGAAAAUCUAAAACUGUUCUAACCGAAGGAGACCAGGAGUGAAAAAAGACCACCAUACAAGCAUAAGUCAUUAGGAUUCUUACAGUCUCGUCCUUUCCACUCUAUUCAUCCCUUCUAGGGUAAAGAAUUCAGGUAUGGAAAGUAUAUGCAGACUAGCAUCCCUAAAAUGCUAUUUAUUCCUUAGUGUCUGAUGCCACCACAUACUCAGAUUUUAAAGGAAGAUGGCCAUUCCCUGGGACUCCUGAACAUUAAAACACCAUAAAGACGGGAGAUGUCCUGAUAAUUUCUAAACUUCAUUAUAAAUACCUAACUCAGACAAAAGUAGCUGAUACUUUGCCCUCUAUCCUUUCUUCAACAAUCAGGACUCCAGAGAUAAAUGAGAAGUAAGAUUCUAAAAGGUGAGGAACUAAGUACCUCAGUCUUGGUGUUUUCUACCAUCACUUUAAAAUCACUGGCACUAAUAAAAUCUG